GCUCAGCUACUAGCUAUAAUCUAGGUCAGCAAAGGUAUAAAAUUUCUGAGACAGACAUUACUAUACUCUAGUUCUUUUCUGGAAUAAUGGCAAUGUAUUUUGAGGCAUCUGUCAAUAGCAAGAGAGUCCCGCUCCUUACUGACGUGGAGAAGAAAGAAGUUGAGUUGUCUCACUCUGUAGAAGACAGGGACCCACCUAUUGCCACCAAUCCACCAGUUGAAAAGAAGCCAGAUGGUGCUUGGGAUUUCAAACCAUCUAAAGAUAAAAUUAGAUUCUGUGGUUGCUGUUGCAUGAUGCCUUCAAAGAUAGCUAAGCCACUGGAAAUCAUACUGCUGGUCCUAAUACUUCUUUUUGUUGUCAUUAUGUGUCUUUUUCCAGUUGCAGUACACUAUGUAUAUAAAGAAUCAUCCAGGAAUUCAAGCUCUGGUUUACAGAAUGAGUCACUCUUUCAUCCAGUGUCAGGCCAAUGUCCAGCUUAUGGUGCUAGAUCAUCAACAUGUGAGGAUGAGUCUACUGGUAUUGCAAGCAAUGCUUCAUGUGUAGCUGUUAGCUAUACUGGUUCAACCUGUAAGAGUAUUCUUCAAGAGUGGCAGUCUUGUGCUAUUGGGACCAGUGAUGACAUUUACGUUACCAGUAACUCAUCCCAAAAACUAGAGAGUAAAGUCAGGUUAUUACAAGUACUGCAAGAUCCUUCAGUUAGUGACGAGUGUAGAUCUGCUGGUAGUGAAUUUUUAUGCCAGUACUCAUUCACUUUGUGUGACUGUGUAGCUGGAAAAGAGUAUCUACCAUCAAGAGAACUUUGCAAUUAUGUCAGUACUCAAGUCUGUAGUGCUGAAUGGCAAGCAGCUAUUAGCUCUUUUGGACCAGGUGUUUUACCAGAUUGUUUAAAACUACCUUCUACAGGCAUCACGAGCAAUUUUACUUUAAACAGUACAAUUGUUUGUGCUGAAUCUGAUGGAUUUAGUUUAAUUGGUGGUUUCUGUCGCCCUCGAUGUGAUAAGUUUCAAACUUUGGCUUCAAAGAAUGUGUUGACACAUAAAGUGACACAACUAAUUGCAAAUAUUGUUAGUCUAUUGGUUGGAAUUAUAGUAUUAAUAGUUUCUUUUAUUCGCUGGAGAAUAAUCUUAACUUAUCCAUCAAUCUUUUUGGUUUAUAUGACAGUUGGCUUGUGCAUACUAUCUGUAUUUGUGCUUGUAUCAGUAAUUGACUUUAAAGAUUUAUACUGCUCCUCUGAAGAUUUGAUAGAAACUUUUAACAAUUCAACCACUUACUGUAAAGUAACAGGGGCUAUUUUUCACUAUUUUUACUUAAACAUGACACUUUGGUGGUUCUUUCAUGUCAUGUCAGUAUUUUAUAAGGUAAUGUUUCCAGUGUUUGCUAAGGAGCAUAAGGAAAAAGACAAAUUUAUACACAUUGUCCUAUUAAUACUAGGUAUUUUAAUUCCUAUUCCUGGUGUAUCGUUGGCACUGACUGUUGAGAAGUAUAAAUCUUAUACUUUGUUCACAUUCCCUUCUUAUGUGUGUGUUCCAAGAAAUGGUGAAUUGCAGUAUUAUUCUCUCCUUCUUCCUCUCAAUGUACUUCUUUGCAUUGGUUUAUUUUGUUUAGUUUUAAUAUUCUGGAGACUGCAGAAACAUCGAACUGCAUUGCUUCGGAAAUCAUCUCCAAUUGCUUUACCAGAAAUAAAGCUGUUAUUUACACUACUAUUUUUCAGCAUAUUUGGUAUAAUCAUUCUAUAUUAUUUUGGUGCAGCUACUGCAACUCAGGAUAAAUACACAACUGGAAUCAAAAAAUAUUUCGAAUGCCAAGCAUUUGGAAUUGAUCCAAAUGUCAAACGAUGUGAUCCUGCAGAUUUUCGACAAUAUACUUAUCCAGAUUUUGCAGUGAUAGUUUACCUGCUAUUGGGUUUUAUAACUACUGCUAAUCUCAUCUAUGUCUGCAACUGGAGAGCUGUAUGUAGCUGUCUUUCAAAGCUAUGUUAUCGAAAACAAAGAUACACCAAAGCAAAUCUAGACACUUAUAUAGAACAUAACUCUGGAUAAUUUUUGUGUGACUGUUUUUAUAACUAAAAGUGUAAUUGUUGAUAGAAUUUCAUGAGUGAGUGGUCAAGCAGGCUAUGAUUUUAAUUA